AUGCCUGGACGCCAAGUGAGCCGUUCUAACACCUGCAGCCGCUUGAACCAUCCCAACAAUGUGUCCUUUCUGGCCCAGGCUGGGACUCCAGGCUGGUCCCACGGCCCCAGUGUGACCGGGGCUAACAACCUCAAGUGUUCUCGUAUGAGUGGCUCAGAGGCAAGCAGCAGCCCUUCAGAGCAGUCCGACAACCCCGGCUCCCCCAGACUUCCAGUGAGGAGAAUCUGCAUGGGCCGGCCCUACAGCUCCAGGUAUGUGGAGACGAGCCACUUGGUGAAGCGCCCCAAGGUGGCCAGAAAGCCCGCUUGUCGUGGCAGUCCCCACUGCCUGCUCUGUACAGAUCAUCCCUCGGGUCCCUCUGGCCCCACCUCCCUGGACCAACUCAUCAGAGGCAUCAACUACCUUGACAGAUCCACCAAUGCCUUCUACACCAACUGCCCUAAGUCAUCCCUGAGCCUGCCGAGGCUUGCAGCCAGCUACCUGGAACGCGCCGCCAACUCCAUCCACCUGGACCACCUGGACCACUCCUUCCCCCGCAGGUACUCCAACCCCAGCACCAGACUGGCCGCCUCUGACAACUCCUGCGCCAGCAUCUGCAUGGCGCCGUCCUCCAGGGCUGCCCACGCUUUGCAGUACAUGGAUGACUCCACCAACCCGAGCUGCCCUCACGGGCCUCCUAGCCGGAACCUCACUCCCAUGCUGCCACAGAAGCGGGAGAUAAAGUUGCCUGAGCUCCCCCUGUCUGGCAACGGGAUCUUUUCCUUAGCUCAUCUGCCCAAGUUCUGGGAAGCAAUCCUCUCAGGCUGGAGAGCCCCCGAGCCCAUCUCUAAGCCCUGUAGCUGGUGGUGA